AGCCGCUACGUCCGGACGUCUGGAGCGUGGACGAUGGACGGUUGGAGCGUUAGCAUGUCGCUCCUAAAGAACACCUCGGCACCGCUGCCAAUACCUGAGUCAACGACGGUGACCGUUACCGGCAUCUACUUCGCUUACGGAAUCGCACGAUUGCGUAUUCACGAUGCGACGCAGAAGGAAUAUGAGACAUCCGUUCCGCCAGUCCCGCAAGGUGAGGGCGUUGGCAUCGUUUCCUACAACUUCACAGCCUAUCCCGAUUUCGUCUCGCUCAGUCCAAAAAGUUUUCUUGACUACAAAUUAAAAUUUCUGGUUGGAAAGAUGUUUCACGCCGACGUCCUCAAGCAGCUGUUGGUCAGUCUACCCGGCCACAUCGUGUAUGGUUUGCGAGGUCCACGUCAGGUCCCGUUCGUAAAUGCGAGUCGGUGGAGUCGGCACACCUUCUACAGGUCUCAUCAACAGACGAGGAGAAGAGCGUACGAGUCGGUCCAUCCUUUCUUCGUGAUGACGGCAGGGAAUACCUCUGUGGGCCUUUUUCUCCGCACCAGCAACGACGUGGAGGUGACACUGUCACCCAGCCAAGUGGCCACGUUCCGCGUUGCUGGUGGCGUGCUCGACUUCUUCGUCUUCUUCGGAGCCAACCCCGCUGAAGUGGUCGCGCAGUACACGCGACUCGUGGGUCUGCCGGCGAUGCCCUCGCUCAGGUUCAUCGUGAGUGGACGAACGGCCAGCUCCAACAGAAGAGUUGUUCCCUUCACACUGUUCCUCCCAGAGGAGGUGCGAUUGUGUUUAUGA